AUGGUUUUAGUCGAUACAUUGUCCAUAAAUGUGCAAAAUCCUUUCUGGGGCUCAGACAGCGACAGAUAUAACCAAGAUCGAUUCAAGAGUAUCAAACAAACCGAUCUACUAUACAAUCUUUAUGUGUUUGGCUUUGGCCACAAGAAAUGA